CCUUAGUGGAAACUUAAAAAGAGAGUCCACAGCACUUAUCCCUGUGCCUGUUUUUGAAUCCAGGUAUUUAAUAGUUUGCAACUUCAAGACAUUUUGUAUUUUAUAUGGUUUUUCCAUCGCUAUGAUUACUGAAAUGUAAACCAGACAUUUGAAACUGUAGCAGGCAGUAGCGGCAACAAGUGACGAUGCAAAGUUCACGAAGAAGAAUCCGUUUACCGGAAGUAAGAGAAGCGGGACAUUCGAAUCGGUAAUCAAACUUUUUUGUCGGCGUGAAUUUGUGUUUUGCUCUUCACAAUCGCCAACAUGCUGAAGAAGGCAUCCAAAUUAAAAUCUAUAAUCCAAACAAAAACGAAGACUCACAUAAACAUGAGGCCAACAUCUGAGGCGAUGAUUGAACUCCUGACGUUAAUAUUUUUGAGCAACCUGGCUGAAGAGGCGAAGGCUAAGGCGUUCGAGGAGAAAUCUGCAACGAUCAGAGCUUGUCACCUCAAAGCAGUGUCCAAGAAAUUGCUGAAAAAAGCAAAGGGAUGAAGAUGGGGACGUACGCCAUUUUUAUGAAAAUGUUUCUGUGACGGCGGCAAUAUUUUUCCUUUUUCAUUAUCGACAUAUUUUUUCUUUUGAAAAUGUUUUUUACUGUUGUGUAAAUGUUUCUGUUCUUAAUUACAUUCUAGUAAAUCUUACAUCCCUCCCAUUGUAGAUAUUUCAAUUCCAAAACGUACACAUAUCAUCAUAAUAAUAAUAAUAAUAAUAUAACUUGUAAUCAUGCUACGACUGCUGCUGCCAUAAUGCUCACCUUCACAUAAGAAAGCAUUGAAGAUGUACUGUACAAGCAGGAGCCAAACAAAGUGCUGACUGUUGAGCUUUGAUCUGGAAGUUGUGGACAGCUCAGAGUAAGUCAGUACUUCCAGAUCCGUUGGCCCCCGCCUCGCUCUCCUAUCACCCGUCAUGGUCAGCGUUUUAAAGCUGCAUGCUUCACACCGUCUUCACUGAGCAUGGGGCUCAGCCUCCUCCCAAAUUCCUCUCCUCUUCACGCUACAUAGACUAUCUACGUGCUGCGAUGCUAUCCUGCUCAAACCUUCAUCACGGCGGGGGGCUUUUUGCCUUCUUGUGUGUGUGUGUAAGCACUGAAGAUGUGUUGUAAAAUAUCCUGAUCUUACAUUAUCUGUUAAAUUUUUAUUUGAAAAAGGUGUUAUAUGCAUUUCAUGCUCUAUUAAAACCUCAUGGUAGGCGAUGCCCAAAAAUC